UCUCUCCACAGUGAUUAUCUGUGAUCCAAAUUCUUUCCAGGGUUGAUGAUUUGAUGGAGGGUAAGAAGAAGGGCUACGCGUGGGCGGUCUCUGCCGGACUAAACGCAGCUCUGGCUGCUGUUUCGGCAAAGCUGAUUACUCCUCAGAUUUUGCGGUAUGGAAUGGUGGUGUUAUUCAACGUGACAAUGUGGGGGUGUUAUGUGAACAGCCUCAAAGCUCUCUCAUCAUUACAAGCCACAGCUACGAAUUUUGCUGCGAAUUUCCUCUCCUCCGGUUUAGCUGGUUACUUUUUGUUCCAAGAGUCCUUGUCGUUUAAGUGGUUUGCAGGUGCCAUGCUAAUUGUAGUUGGUUCACUCGUACUAAGUAAGUCAAGUAUUGAGAAGAAAACGCGAACGGAUUAGCACCUGUGCGUUCCAUUUUCCCCAUCUAAGAUUCAAAUACAAGUAGAUUAUCAUUAAUUUCCCGCAGGUGAAAGAUGCAAUAAAAACAGUACAAGACUGGAUUUUGUUUUGAUGUAAGUUUAUUUAUGUCAUUCCUCAUUUCUAUACGAAACAAAAUCUUCUCUGAUAGUACUACUGUCACUUCCUUGUAUUGUAUUUGUAGCAGCUCUGCUGUCAAUGGUGUAAUUCUAUAUGAAACAUAUAAAACAGUUUGGUUCAGCAGCUUAUGUAAUACCACAAUUAGUUCUCUCACUCAA